UGCUAUAGAGGGAAGUUACGUCUCGGAGAGCUUCCUGUUGAAGCGGGCGGAAAAGGCGUUUCGUUGCGAAUGAAUACGAGAAGAUGCCAGCGGCUGUAAUGACAAGUGAAAAUUACGACAAACUGCUGGAGCAAUGCGAAGUACAAGAGCUGGAGGCUCCUGGGGGAGUGGCAACACCGCAGGUAUAUGCCCAGCUGCUGGCUCUGUACCUCCUCCAUAAUGACAUGAACAAUGCACGGUAUCUUUGGAAGAGGAUUCCUCAGGCAAUAAAGACCGCCAACCCUGAGCUUAUUGCCAUCUGGGCGGUCGGCCAGCGAAUCUGGCAGCGAGACUUCCCCGGAAUCUACAGCAGCAUCGCCGCCCACCAGUGGUCAGAGAGCAUCCAGCCUGUGAUGGAGGCCCUGCGAGGCAGAAUGGAUAUCCAGACCGGCCAAGUGGUGAGGCCCCCCAGCCCCAUGGAGAGCUUGGAGAAGCAGCUGAGCUGCCCCAUCUGCCUGGAGAUGUUCACCAAACCGGUGGUCAUCCUGCCCUGCCAGCACAACCUUUGCCGUGGCUGUGCCAAUGACCUGUACGACUCCCGCAACCCUUAUCACUACUCUGGGGGCAUCUUUCGCUGCCCCACUUGCCGUUUCGAGGUGGUGCUGGACCGCCAUGGUGUCUUUGGGCUCCAGAGAAACCUGCUGGUGGAGAACAUUAUUGACAUCUACAAACAACAGCAGCAACAAGAAGGCAAUCUUGAGACCCCAGUGAAGAGUAAGGAGGGCAAAGAGCCCUUGUGCCAAGAACAUGAGGAUGAGAGGAUCAACAUCUACUGCAUUACCUGCCAGGUACCCACCUGUUCUCUCUGCAAGGUGUUCGGGGCUCACAAGGACUGUGAGGUUUCCCCUUUACAGUACAUCUACCAGACCCAAAAGGCAGAGCUCAGCAAUGCCAUUGACUUGUUAGUGACUGGAAACAGCUGCGUGCAAGCCCUGCUUAAUCAGAUGGAAGACACCUGCAAGGCCAUCCAGGAGAACACACUGCAUCAGAAGAAGAUCCUGGGGGAGAAGUUUGACCUACUUUAUGCCAUACUGGAGGAGAAGAAGGGACUGUUGCUGGAGAAGAUCAGCCAGGAGGAGGACACCAAGGUCCAGACCUUGCAUUCCCUGGUGGAGCAGCACACACAGCAACUGCAGGAUGGCACCAAGCUGAUGGACGCCGCUGUCCAGGCCAUGGAGCAAAGCAGUGUGGCAGAGUUCCUCUUCAGCGGUAAGCUGCUCAUCGCUCAGGCCAAAGAGGCAGCCAAAAACUCCCAAAUCCAGAGGCCAGAGCCAGGCUUCGAGAAGAUGGACCACUUCACUGUGAUCACAGAACAUGCUGAAGCCGUUUUAGCCAAGAUGGAUUUCGGAGUGCACGAUGACGAUGACGAUGACGAUGAGGAGGAGGAGGAGGAGGAGGAAGAAGAGGAGGAAGAGGAGUGAAAGUGUGCACUUCAGUGAAUUUGGAGUUUAGCUACUUGAAUCUGAAUGUUUAACAGAGGAUUUAGUUUAAACUAGGACAAGACCAGUCACUUCAGGGAUAUGGAAAGUGACUGCAUUGCGUUUCCAUGACAAGCCUUUUGAGUGUGAUUUUAAGAAUUGCUGUUAUACAUACAAAAAUGUACUAAAAUGUAAAAUACAAAAUGUACAAUUUUGUACAUACCUUUUUUACUUUUGUAUUUGUUUUGUACUGGAUUAUUUAUAGGAUUAUCUUCUGAAGGUAAAUGUUAAUGUUUACAUGUUUGUCAUUAUAUGAUCUUAUUUUCUGUCAGCCAUAUUUAUUAUGCUUAAACUGAAUAGCUUAGAUGAUUCUGUCUUUUUGGCAUCUUCUUGUUAAUUUAGAUUGUAUGGCCUGCACUUUACUGACUAGUGUUUUCAUUUGAUGAAAUAAACUGGUUGAAUAUACAGUU